GACUUUGGGUUAACCUGAUUAACGGAAAUACGAAAUCACCAACGCCCAAAGCCGGCACAAGGCUCUCAGGAGAAUUCGUGCAGCCUUUAGAGCAAUUGGUUCCUUCCUUGGCAGGACUGCGGGCAAGUCAGUGAUCUGCAAAGUCCAUUGCGCCCUAGCACCCCCCUGCGCCUGGAUUUAAACCUCCCCCGGCUUACACCAGCAACCCGUCAGCGUGCUUAAAAAAAAUCAUUUUAAUUCAUUACAGUUUUAAGAAGGUUCUUCUAGAUCCGCUCAGAUGGCAACUAAAAUCGAUAAGGAAGCUUGCAGGGAGGUUUACAAUCUGGUGAGGGACGACGCAUCUGAAGUGAACUGGGCUACUUUCAAGUACGAUGGCACCGUUAUAGUUCCUGGGAAACACGGCGCAGACUUUGGCGACUUUAAAGACGAGUUUACAGAUGACUGCCGAAUGUUUGCGUUUGUGCGGAUCACCACUGGAGAUGCCAUGAGCAAGAGAGCCAAGUUUGCUUUCAUUACCUGGAUUGGUGAGAAUGUCAGUGGUCUGCAAAGAGCCAAAAUUGGUCCAGAUAAGUCACUGUUGAAAGAAGUAGUGCAGACCUUUGCCAAAGAGUUUUUGAUCAAUGAUCCCAGGGACCUGGAGGAGGACUUUUUAAGAGCGGAGCUGAAGAAAGCAGGAGGUGCAAACUACGAUGCACAGAUCCAGUAAAUCCUCAGCAGCACUGUCCACAGAUCCUUCUGAAUGCUACUGGGAAAAAAUAUAAGAGUGAGAGGAGGCAGAUGGCAGCAACAUGUGCAGAAAGAGCCUGCCUUUUUAGCAUAAUCCAGACAUUUGCCUCUUACAAUGGCACCUCCUUAUUAAAUACAUUUACUGAGAUGCCUCCCAGUAUAUGCAGCUAAGAACAAAGGCACAUUCUGGACAUUUUUCUUUUGUAACAUUGGGGGUGGGGGGCCUUGCUGCAUAGUUUUGAACUGUUGUUUUUGUAAACAUUUUGAUGUGUUUUUUUUGUCAGGGAAAGAUGGUCUUGAGCACAGAAAACUGGAAUAUGUAUGUGUUGUUUUACUUGAGUAGGUAUGGGAUAGGGUGGGGUUUCUCACUAUGUAUGCAUAUUUGUGCUGAGAAAAAUUAAUUUGUCAGUUCAGGUAGUAUUACUUUUCCAUGCCACUAUCAAUGCUUUCAGAGCUUAGGAUUCACUGGUGCCAUUUCCACAUAACUCUUAUCAGGACAAUUUCCAUUUGCCUUACUUUAUUAUCUUCUGCUAAAUUGUAAGCUUUCUGACUUGCCUUAACAAUGCAAAUCUCCCCAUCCAUAAAAUCUCUCUCCACAUACCAUACAUAAAUCAGCCAUUGGAAGCAGUGAAUUAGCAAUAUUAAUUUCCUUGCUGUUAUUGUAUUAGUGGGUUUCUACACAUCAAAGCAGAAGCUGUUUGGAUCUAAGGUCCCACAGCUGUUUGUGCAUUUCCAUUGUACUCUGUGAUGCUUGAAAUGUGCUCCAUUUCAACACUGCUGUGAAAACAAAACGCGUGGGCACAGUUACAACGGCAAAGAAAGCUUUAUUUUUUUAAUUCCAUGAAAAUGAUGUCCUAAUAGUUCUUUGUUUUAGUGAAAUUAAACUGCUAAGUACUGUACCGAAGUCAGGGAAACAAAUACCCAAGCAUAAGUCAUUUAAAAAUAAAAAUGAUGGUUUCAGGUAA